UACAGCACUAAAGUAAUUGGCUUGCCCCAGAAAUCAACAACUUCAUCAGUGGCCUUCUCCAAUCACCAGAUGGAUCUGCCAUUUUCAUCGUCAUUAUUCCUUACUCCCUUGCUUUUGGCUUCAGUAGCCUACUCUGUGCAUCACGGGAAUGAGACCGACCGACUAGCCCUGCUCAACUUCAAGGCCCAAAUCACGGGCGAUCCUUUUGGAACUCUCAAGUCGUGGAACGAAUCCAUCCACUUCUGCCACUGGGUUGGGGUAACAUGUGGCCACCGCCACCCCACGAGGGUCACUGUGUUGAACCUGGAUGGCCGAGAAUUGGCAGGGUCCAUUUCGCCUCACAUUGGAAACAUGAGCUUUCUUAAGGAACUAUGGCUUUGUAACAACAGCUUCAGCCAUGAAAUCCCACCACAACUUGGCCGUUUGAAAAGGUUAGGAGAGAUACAGAUGGGUAACAAUUCAUUUACCGGUGAAAUUCCCACCAACAUAUCUGGUUGCUCUAACCUCAUUAUCCUUAGCCUUCCAAGAAAUAGAUUAUCAGGGAAAAUCGCCGUGGAGCUUGGUUUCCUGACUAAGCUACAGAUAAUAGGAUUGGUGGGAGUAUUCCUUAUGCUCUGGGAAAAAUAAAAAAGCUAGAAGCUCUUCAAUUAGGAGAGAAUAGAUUGGUUGGUACAAUUCCUUCCUCCAUCUUUAAUAUCUGUUCUAUCACAAGCUUUGUAGUUCCGGUUAACCAACUUCAAGGGAGACUUCCCUUGGAACUUGGAAAUACUCUUCUUAAUCUUCAAUUCGUUGAAGUUGUUUCCAACUUAUUUACUGGAUCUAUUCCAAUAUCCA